AUGUGAUUGGCUCCCGUUGGGUCGGGGCUGGCUCCCACAUCCAGCUGAGUGCGCUCUGCUGAUGGACGCGCAACUCGGGUACAGUACGGGGGAGACGAGAGCGAGAGGCAGGAGCGCCCGCUCCGUUCACGCGUGCCACCUAUAAAGAGGGGCUGGUGCUAGGGAUAUUUCUGGGAAUAUUCGAUUUGUUUGACGCCAGUGUGUGGUCGGCGGCGGGAUGUUGCGGCAGCAUCUCCGCGGCACUUUAAAAACCUGAAACUGGACUGAGUACUGGAUUCUCUUUUGGAAGUUGGCUAUAUAGACAGACCAUUUAUAUUAAGAAAAGGCAAACUAACGGGGGAAGGUUUGAAGUGUGUGUGACACCCCCCACCGCCUCCCUCGCCCCGCCUUGGACACGGGAGACCGGGGUCUUGGGCACAGCGUUCCUGCUGAGGGAAGGACGCGCGCAACAGCGCACCACCUGGAAACUAUACGCUCCGCCAAACGCACCAAAAAACCCCACUACAUUUUCUCCUCUCUUUGCCCCCCCCACCCCCUCUCCUCACCCAUCGUCCGCGCUCGUCGCUUCUGCUUCAAACCAACAGGGUUCUUUUUAUUCUACUUCAGGCUGGUGUGGACUUUAUAUCCGCGACAUAAACUGAUCAUGCGAUGACUGAGCGCGCUUUUGGGCAUUACAGGAGGUGAAUGAUGGCCGAGGAUGGGGGAAAUCUCUCUGGCACCCCCGACGCCAGGGGCUCGGAGGGUCGCGCUUCUCUGCCGAGGACUUUCAUCCGGCUCAACGACCUGUCCGGCGUCGGGACGGGCGCCGGGGAGCGCGGCGAAGCGGCUGUGGCAGCGGAGGUGGCUUUGGCACCGCAGCCGGCGUCUCCGGCGCCCGACGGGAUCUCCACAACCGGGGAUGAGACGUCGGCGAGCGGCGACGAGAACCUGCCUUACCCGGCCAUGGCCCCCGUGAUCUUCUUCUACCUGAAACAAACCACCCGGCCCCGCAGCUGGUGUCUCAAAUUGGUCUGCAACCCGUGGUUCGAGCGAGCGUCCAUGUUGGUGAUCCUGCUGAACUGCGUGACGCUGGGCAUGUUUCAUCCCUGCGAGGACAUCGUCUGCAACUCCGAGAGGUGCAAGAUCCUACAGAAAUUUGAUGACUUCAUCUUCGCUUUCUUUGCCAUUGAGAUGGUCAUCAAGAUGAUGGCUUUGGGGAUUUUCGGCAAGAAGUGUUACCUCGGAGACACGUGGAACCGCUUGGACUUCUUCAUAGUGGUGGCUGGGAUGCUGGAGUACUCGCUCGACCUGCAGAACGUCAGUUUUUCGGCGGUGAGGACAGUUCGCGUGCUGAGGCCCCUGAGAGCCAUCAACCGAGUGCCAAGUAUGCGUAUCCUGGUGACCCUGCUGCUGGACACUCUACCCAUGCUGGGCAACGUGCUGCUGCUCUGCUUCUUCGUCUUCUUCAUCUUCGGCAUCGUGGGUGUCCAACUGUGGGCCGGACUGCUCAGGAAUCGCUGCUUCCUUGGCAACUUUUCCUUUCCUCUCUCUGUGGAGCUAGAGAAAUAUUACCACACCAAAAACGACGACGAGAGCCCCUUCAUCUGCUCCGAACCCGGAGGGAACGGCGUAAGGGACUGCGGCUCGGUGCCCGAGGUGUAUGAGGAAGGAGGCCUGCGAUGCACUCUGGGCUCGGAGUUUCACAACAGCACGGACAACACCACCUGCGUCAACUGGAACCAGUACUACAACAACUGCACGGCCGGUCUGGUCAACCCCUUUAAGGGAGCCAUCAACUUUGACAACAUCUGCUACGCGUGGAUUGCCAUCUUUCAGGUGAUCACUCUGGAGGGCUGGGUGGACAUCAUGUACUUUGUGAUGGAUGCUCACUCCUUCUACAACUUUAUCUACUUCAUCCUACUCAUCAUUAUUGGCUCCUUCUUCAUGAUCAACCUGUGCCUGGUAGUCAUCGCCACGCAGUUCUCGGAGACCAAGCAGCGAGAGAGUCAGCUGAUGAAGGAGCAACGGGUGCGCUUCUUGUCCAAUGCCAGCACCCUGGCCUCCCUCUCCGAACCGGGCUCCUGCUACGACGAGCUGCUCAAGUAUCUGGUUCACAUCGUCAACAAGGGGGCCAGACAGGUGGGCCGUGUCUGCAGAAUGUUGGCUCGCCGCGCUGGGCUUAACAUUGCCGCCUCACCCCCACCUGUGGAGCCCCAACGCAGCCAGAGAAGGAGAAGGAAGUCCUCCAGACAGGGAUCUGUGUCGGUUCAUCAAAUGGCGCAACACCAUCACCACCACCAUCACCACCUGCACCACCAUUACCACCUGGGUAAUGGCAGUGUGAGGGGUGCAGGGGGCAUACAAUGUCUGGAAGGUCGGGAUUUUGAGGCUGGUGCACAUAACAACAACAGUGGGGCCCUAGUAGCAACCGCCGGCGCGGGGAAUCUCGCGGUUCCCCUGCCACCUUCCAUUACAGCAGCCACCUCUGACACAAACCUGGCCAAUUUGUUCAAACUUCCUGAGGGAGCUGCCAAUGCAUCAUCGGUUCACAGUGUAUUACUCAUAGAAACUCUGCGGUGCAGCCCCUCAACCACAAACCUGGGGCCGACACCGGGCACCUCAUCCGUUGCACUGGGCCCCAUGACAGGGACGAUGAAGAGGAACUCCGUACCUUUUGCCGCUCCAGGGCCUAAGAACUACCCCACACUGCAGGCUCAAACCCUGGCGGAGUCCAGACGAGGGAGUGUUGCCACCAGCACUCUGACUAAGAUGAGCUUCAACUUGAACAUCCUGCCCAUGUCCCUGGAGAGGCGGCCAUCGGGCCUGGUGGACACACACACUUCCGCAGCUGCAGCCCAGCUCUCCUGCCAGCUGUCGGCUCGGGACCUCAGCGCCACCAGCAGUGCCACGGACACGGCCGCUAUGACGUUUGACCCCGAGAGUUGCCCCUACUGCGCCAAGGCCCUUGCCAACGAGUCAGAGGGCAACGAGACGCCUGGAGACUCCGACAGCGAAGGCAUAUACGAGUUCACCCAGGACCUCCACCACAGGGACAGGAGAGAUAGCCGGCAGCCCAAGAAGCAGGAAUGCAGCUUGGGCAGAUCGGCAGGGAAGGUGGUGCACUUCUGGAGGCUUGUAUGCGACACGUUCAGGAAGAUCGUUGACAGCAAGUACUUUGGACGAGGGAUUAUGAUUGCCAUUCUCAUCAAUACUCUCAGUAUGGGGAUCGAGUUCCAUGAACAGCCCGAGGAGCUGACCAACGCGUUGGAGAUCAGUAACAUCGUGUUCACCAGCCUGUUCGCUCUGGAGAUGCUGCUGAAGAUUCUGGUCUACGGGCCCUUCGGCUACAUCAAAAACCCCUACAACAUCUUCGAUGGAAUCAUCGUGGUCAUUAGCGUGUGGGAGAUUGUGGGUCAGCAGGACGGCGGCCUGUCGGUGCUGAGGACCUUCCGGCUGAUGCGGGUGCUGAAGCUGGUCCGUUUCAUGCCGGCCCUCCAGAGGCAGCUGGUGGUGCUGAUGAAGACCAUGGACAACGUAGCCACCUUCUGCAUGCUGCUCAUGCUCUUCAUCUUCAUCUUCAGUAUCCUGGGGAUGCAUCUGUUUGGUUGCAAGUUUGGAUCCCGAGGGAAUAGUGGAGACACCAUGCCCCGACAGGAAGGAACUUUUGACUCUCUCCUCUGGGCCAUAGUGACUGUGUUUCAGAUCCUGACCCAGGAGGACUGGAACAAGGUGUUAUACAACGGCAUGGCCUCCACCACUCCUGUAGCCGCCCUCUACUUCAUCGCGCUCAUGACCUUCGGCAACUACGUCCUCUUCAACCUGCUGGUGGCCAUCCUGGUCGAGGGUUUCCAGACUGAGGAAGUGUCCAAGCGGGACGACGUGCAUGUCCAGCUGAGCCUUAUUCAGCUGCCCAUAGACUCAGGGGGCGAUACGUCUAAUUUGGGCUCGGAGAUCGAUUCCUGUGCACGAAGCGUGGAGGACGUCAACGGCAGCAAGAAGGAUUUGUCAGCCUCUCCAGUAGUGCCUGUAAACGGCCACGUGGACCUGAAGACCAGUCUGACUCCGCCUCUAAUUACCCACACGGCCGCCACUCCCAUGCCCGUGCCCAAGUUGCCCGUUGCAGGGGACCCCACCUUGAGCUACGAGCCCCGUCGAGGCAGCAACGUCUCCAUGGACCAAGCCUGCUACGACAAAUCACCGACCGGUGCUCAGAGCUCCUCUCCUAACGCCCCGUGGAGCUCUGGGAGCGGCUGGACCAGCCGCCGAUCCAGCUGGAACAGCCUGGGUCGCGCGCCGUCACUCAAGCGGCAGAAGCGGCAGUCUGGAGAGCGACGGUCUCUCCUCUCCGGGGAGGGCGGCUCCAGCUCCGACGAAGGUGGUGGAGAAGGAGGCGGUGGGUUGAUGGAUGAAGACGACGCCUCGCUGGUCAGGACGGACUCCAUGUCCCAGUCCCAGAGACGGCCCCAACAUCGGAGGAUGGAGUCGGUGGAGACUCGGAGCUCCAUGGAUUUGCCCCCUGAUGCUCUGCUGCAGGUGCCCUACUUGAACCGCUCCGCCAGUAUGCACAGCUCCAGACCCCCCUCACAGGGACAAUUACUUCCCCAAGAACACAGCGGCUGCAAUGGGAAGGGCUCUCCGUCCACCGCGGACCCCACUCACGUCUCUCUGGAAGACAACACGGAAGAGGAAAAUGCCGAGGAGGAGGCCAACCUGAGUCGUUUUGCCAGAGUGAUCCGUUGGCUGGAAAAGAAACAGCCAGAGUGGUGUCGACAGAGGGACACCUGGUCACUCUACCUCUUCCCUCCGGAGUCGAGGUUCCGAUUUCUGUGCAAUAGGAUCAUCAACCACAAGAUGUUUGACCAUAUUGUUUUGAUCAUCAUCUUCCUCAACUGCAUCACUAUCGCCAUGGAGAGGCCUCGCAUCACCACUAUUGAGCGGAUCUUCCUAAAAUUGUCCAACUACAUCUUCACAGCGAUCUUCGUGGCUGAGAUGGCUAUAAAGAUUGUGGCUCUGGGCUGGUGUUUGGGGAACAAGUCCUACCUGAGGAGCAGCUGGAACAUUCUGGAUGGGAUGCUGGUGUUGAUCUCUGUUAUCGACAUUCUGGUUUCUCUCCUCUCCAAUUCUGGUACCAAGAUCCUGGGCAUGCUCAGAGUGCUGCGGCUGCUGAGGACCCUGAGGCCUCUACGUGUGAUCAGCAGAGCGCCGGGGCUGAAGCUGGUGGUGGAGACUCUGAUGUCGUCGCUGAAGCCCAUCGGCAACAUCGUGGUCAUCUGCUGCGCCUUCUUCAUUAUCUUUGGCAUCCUGGGAGUACAGCUCUUCAAAGGGAAGUUCUUCGUGUGUGUAGGAGAUGAUAUCAUGAACAUCACCAACAAGUCAGACUGUUUGCUGAACAAAAACAAAUGGGAGAGACACAAAUACAACUUUGACAACCUGGGACAGGCCCUGAUGUCUCUGUUUGUUCUGGCAUCAAAAGAUGGCUGGGUUGACAUAAUGUAUAACGGACUGGACGCUGUAGGAGUUGACAAACAGCCGGUCAUGAACCACAACCCAUGGAUGCUGCUCUACUUCAUCUCCUUCCUGCUGAUCGUGGCCUUCUUUGUGCUCAACAUGUUCGUUGGCGUCGUGGUGGAAAACUUCCACAAGUGCCGACGCCACCAGGAGGCCGCCGAGGCCAAGCUCAGGGAGGAAAAGAGACUGAAACGCAUGGAGAAAAAGAGACGGAGUAAGGAGAAGGAGCUUGCUGAUUUAUUGGUUCCUGGGGUGAGUUGGGCCCUCUCUCAAGGCACACUGAAAGAAGCUCAGAGUAAGCCCUACUACUCAGAUUACUCCCCCACUCGCCUUGUCAUCCACAAGAUGUGCACCAGCCAAUACCUGGACCUGUUCAUCACCAUCAUCAUAGGGCUCAACGUCAUCACCAUGUCCAUGGAGCACUACCAGCAGCCCAAGGAAUUGAAAAAGGCAUUGACCAUCUGUAACUACAUCUUCACCAUCAUCUUUGUCCUGGAGUCUGUCUUCAAGUUGGUGGCCUUUGGCCUACGACGCUUCUUCAAGGACAAGUGGAACCAGCUGGAUCUGGCCAUCGUGCUGCUGUCCAUCAUGGGCAUCAUUUUGGAGGAGAUUGAUGGCAACGCUCUGCCCAUCAACCCGACCAUCAUCCGCAUCAUGAGAGUGCUGAGGAUCGCACGAGUUUUGAAGCUCUUGAAGAUGGCAGUUGGGAUGAGAGCUUUGCUGGACACCGUUAUGCAAGCCCUGCCUCAGGUGGGGAAUCUGGGUCUUCUCUUCAUGCUUCUCUUCUUUAUUUUUGCAGCGCUGGGAGUGGAGCUGUUUGGUGACUUGAUCUGUGAUGAAUUACAUCCAUGUGAAGGUCUGGGGCGAUAUGCAACGUUCAAAAACUUUGGAAUGGCAUUUCUACUGCUCUUCAGAGUUUCCACUGGAGACAACUGGAAUGGAAUAAUGAAGGACACAUUAAGGAACUGCGGCCAAAACAGCACUUGCUACAACACCGUGGUCUCCCCCCUCUACUUUGUCUCCUUCGUUUUGACCGCUCAGUUUGUCCUGGUCAAUGUCGUCAUUGCUGUCCUGAUGAAGCACCUGGAGGAGAGCAACAAGGAGGCCAAGGAGGAGGCGGAGCUGGCGGAGGCAGAGCUGGAGCUGGAGCGCCAGGUGCAAGGGGGAGACACGGCGACGAGGUCGCCCCAGAUCAACCCUCUGACAAGGGGCAUGGACAAUUUGAGCUCAGGGAGUUCACCCUUGAGGUCCACUGGCGGAGGGGACAGGGACCAGGAAAGAGAGUGUCCUAUAGGCCCGCCUGCUGAUAUAACUAGAGACUCUGUAAACAUCAGAGCAGACCCCCCUUCGAGCCUGGAGCCCCCGCUGGAGCCGGAGCAGCUCGAUCCUGUGGAGCCACUGGAGGAAAACCUGCUGAGUGUCAGGAAGCCUGUGGUGGGACGUACACACUCCCUGCCCAACGAUAGCUACAUGUUCCUUCCCCUGCAGCCAGUUGGCAACGCAGCCCCGACUCCAGCACAGACACAGGAGCCUCAGCGCAUACUAGGAACCCACAGGGGCCAAUCAGGUUCCAGCAGCUCAGUGCGUUCCCAGCCAGAGGAGCGUUCCCAGCAGCUGAACGUCCCUGCAGACCUCUUCAGGACCAUCAGCCCCAUCGGCCACUCCGACUCGGAGAGCAUACCACGACUUCCCCCUCCCAGACGGGCGCACACGUUUAGCCGAACGCUCCACAGACAGGUCGCAGUGUCUACUGAUUCUCAGGAGGCCCUGUGCUCAGACGGAAGGGAGAGCAAUGAAGGACUUGUGAAUGUGGCCUCUCUGGGCCUCCCUCCAUCCCCCUGCACCUCUCCCUCCCCAUGCUCCCAUCAUUAUCAGCAGCCUGCUCUGUGCCGGGUUCCCGCCAAACCCGGCGCCUUCCCCAAACCCUCACGUCCCAGCAGCGUGCACACCCAGCUUCAUGACCAGCACUGCCUCGCCUCCCAUCUCCCUACCUUCCCCUCGCCUCCUCCGCUCUUACCAGCCAGGCCACGCCAACAGGAGGAGGCCUCGGUGGAUCAGGAAGUGUCCCUCAUUACCAAUACAGCGUUGGCCGUCAGCGAUGACCUCACAACGGAGGCCAGAGGCGACGGGGUCACUGAGGCCUACAGCAGCUAUGCGGGCUGCCAGGAGAGCCGGAGUCCAAGCCUGAGGCCGCUGAAGAGGUUCCACAGCGCUGAGGAGCACGGCCCAAGCGCCCCGCCGCCUCGCCCCCGCCCUUACUCCUGGUUGGACGACCCACAAUGUAACUCUGUUGAGGCGGGCUCCUCGGCCGACUCCAGCCCCCAUCGCACAACCAAGUCCACCUCCGCUAGCUUCGUGUCGCGUGCCAAUAGUCUGCAGAUCCACAGCCAGAACCCCACUCCGACCUUGCUGCCCUCCCCCCGACAUAAGAAAAAGAUGAGUCCGCCCUGCAUCUCUGUGGACCCCCCUGACGGACAGGAGGGCCUCUACACGGGCAUGGGGAUGGGAGGUUUAGGAAUGCCCCCUCCUCUGCCCAACAGGGACACCUGCCUGAGGAGGAGAGCGCCUUCCAGUGACUCCAAGGACUCCUUUGAUAUGGGAGUUGGUGAGGGUUCGGGACAAGACGGAAGCUCGCCAAACCCCAACGCCAACCCCAAGCUACUGACUCUUCCGAAAGAAGACAAGCCCUGAGCACUGAACACUGAUACGGCAAUACACAGAGACACACAAACACGCACACAGCUGGGCGAACCAUUCUCACACACAAACACACGAUGCACACUGUGUAUCUGUGAUGGUGAUAGUUCUAGUAAUAAUGCUGUAGAGAGUAAUAAAGGUAAAACUACAACAAACAGUAAAAACAUCCUUGGUUUGAUAAGGAGUGCAGUACUGUAGUAGUGUGACCAUUUCUUGUCUUUGUAUUGUUACUGCCAAAAUAAUCAGAGAAGAAGAGAACACAGGAAACAAAAAAACACAAACAGGACUGAUUCUCUUCUGCUACGUCUGCAUGCCACUGGCUGCAGCUUGACCCCAUAACCUCUGGAGUGACAUCAGCCCCUGUGAUUUGGCGCCCUCCGAUCUACCCGGUGUUAAACAGGAACGGCUUUGCCCGGUCAGUGGAGGUACAAAGCAAUAUGAACGUUUUAGAGACACUAUUUUCUUAAAUUAUUGGGCCAUUGUGUUUGUACAGGAUGUUGUUGUUUUUUAUUUCAUUUGAAUGUUUUAUUCAUGCAUUUUCUGUGAUUUUUCUUUUGUCAAAAUGGUUCGUCUUUGUCCUUUUUUUUUAAUGUAGGAUAUUUCUAGCUUUCUUGGUUUACUAAGGAAAGUGGACGUUUUUCUGUGCUGAGACUAUGUAUUUGUAGGAAUAAUAUAUAAAUAUGUAUGUAUGUAUGUAUGUAUGUAUAUAUAUAUAUAUAUAUAUAUAUAUAUAUAAUGUGUGUGUGUGUGUGUGUGUGUGUGUGUGUGUAUAUAUAUAUAUAUAUAUAUAUAUAUAUAUACAAAGUCAUUAAACUGAGUUUGGAUUUUUAAGCACACGCAUUAGACUGUGGUGAUUUGAUUGUUAAAAGAAGACAGUAUCCUUAAUUAAUCCCUGUGGGUAAAUCAUUCUCUGCACUUAACCCAGCCCACACAGUGGGAGCAAUGUCUGACAUAAAGGCUCCCGGGGAGUAGUUAGAGGUUAGGUGUCUUGCUCAGGGACACCUUCAACACGUGAUGUGUUCCAGCCAAGGUUUCCAACGGCCAGCCCUGCGGUUACUGGCGCACCCUGUCUACUCUAUGCGCCACCUGUUAAGUUUUUUCAAUCAAUUCCCCAAUUAGACUGAGACCAAGGACAAGGUGUGCAGGUUGUGAAGACAGACAACAACCAUUUAAGAAAACAGCAAUACAAAAUUAACAGGAUGUUUUAGGUUUUUUUAACCUUUUUUUCAUAGAAACUGACUUUCAGUUUAACUGAGACAACUAGGAAAACCCGUUGCUCCUCGGUGGGAUCGAGGGUGCAGGUUUGGGUUUGGACUUGUUUGGGUUUGUAACUAAAGGCAGCAGAAAGAUAGCAGCCAGCAACUCAUUACGGUACCCACCAGUCACUAUAAGCACCUAGGCCCUCAAUUAUGUCUACAUGUCCACAAAUCCUUCCCAUGUACAGUUGUCACGAAGGGAGAGAUAUAUAGAGAUUAAAACUGAAUUUUGUAUCAGG